AUGGGUGUAUCGGAUACGGUUGUGGAGCCUUACAAUGCAACACUUUCAGUGCAUCAGCUAGUUGAAAACACUGACCAAACUCUCUGCAUUGACAAUGAAGCUCUGUAUGAUAUCUGCUUCCGCACUCUGAAACUCACUAACCCAACAUACGGAGAUCUCAAUCAUCUGGUGUCGGCCACAAUGUCUGGGGUCACAACUUGUCUCCGUUUUCCGGGUCAAUUGAAUGCAGAUCUUCGUAAACUAUCCGUCAACAUGGUGCCUUUCCCCAGACUCCACUUCUUCAUGCCUGGAUUUGCACCGCUGACUAGUCGAGGAAGUCAGCAAUAUCGCGCUCUUUCAGUACCAGAAUUGACUCAACAAAUGUUCGAUACGAAAAAUAUGAUGGCUGCUUGUGAUCCUCGUCAUGGCCGUUACUUAACCGUCGCUGCAGUUUUCAGGGGACGCAUGUCGAUGAAAGAGGUUGACGAGCAAAUGCUGAAUGUUCAAAACAAGAAUUCUAGCUACUUCGUCGAAUGGAUUCCAAACAAUGUCAAGACCGCCGUUUGUGACAUCCCACCUCGGGGACUUAAGAUGUCGUCAACAUUUAUAGGCAAUAGUACUGCCAUUCAAGAGUUGUUUAAACGCGUGAGUGAACAGUUUACCGCCAUGUUUAGACGCAAAGCCUUCCUUCAUUGGUAUACUGGUGAAGGCAUGGACGAAAUGGAAUUCACUGAAGCGGAGUCUAAUAUGAAUGAUCUGGUGAGCGAAUAUCAACAAUAUCAGGAUGCAACUGCGGAGGACGAGGGAGAAUUUGAUGAGGACGAAGAUUUCUGGGAGACAAUCUGCAGUGAGCAUGGAAUUGAACCCGACGGAAGCUACAAAGGCGAUAAUCCUCUUCAACUUUCUCGUGCUAGCGUCUACUUUAAUGAAAUAGAUUCGAGAUUCACACGAUACGUACCACGAGCAGUCAUAUUUGAUUUAGAGCCAGGCCCCAUAGACAACUUGAAGAGUAAUGCUUUCGGCCAAAUCUACAAUCCAGAGAGCAUUAUAUUUGGCCAAAGUGGUGCUGGCAACAACUGGGCAAAGGGAUACUACACUGAAGGCGGUGAAUUAAUUGAUCAAAUAUUGGAAGUAAUUCGAAAACAUGCAGAGUUUUCUAACUGCCUUCAAGGAUUCCAAAUGGCUCACUCUCUCGGCGGUGGCACAGGCUCUGGAAUGGGUGCUCUACUCAUGUCCAAGAUCCGAGAAGAAUACCCCGAUCGAAUGAUAUUCACUUAUUCCGUAAUACCUUCUCCCAAGGUAUCUGAUACCGUAGUUGAACCUUAUAACGCCACUCUUUCCGUUCAUCAACUUGUUGAACAUGCUGAUGGCACCUUAUGCAUCGAUAACGAAGCCCUUUAUGAUAUCUGCUUCCGAACUAUGAAACUCGCUAAUCCUAACUACAGUGACCUUAACGCCCUGGUGUCGGCUACGAUGUCCGGUAUCACAACUUGUCUGCGUUUCCCGGGCCAAUUGAAUGCUGACCUUCGUAAAUUAUCAGUCAAUAUGGUACCCUUUCCAAGACUCCAUUUUUUCACGCCUGGAUAUGCACCUUUAACUAGUCGUGUAGGUGAACAAUAUCGUGCUCUCACCGUACCGGAGUUGACUCAACAAAUGUUUGACGCUGGGAACAUGAUGGUUGCUUGUGAUCCUCGUCAUGGUCGCUAUCUUACUGCCGCUACCAUCUUCCGUGGUCAAAUGUCAAUGAAAGAAGUAGAUGAGCAAAUGUUGAAAGUUCAGAAUAAGAACUCCUACUACUUCGUUGAAUGGAUUCCGAACAAUGUCAAGACUGCAGUUUGUAAUAUUUCGCCAAAAGGGGUGACAAUGUCCGGCACCUUUAUCGGGAACACCACUGCCAUCCAGGAGUUAUUUAGACGAGUGGGUUCUCAAUUCAAUGUCAUGUUCAGACGCAAGGCUUUUCUCCAUUGGUAUACGGGUGAAGGUAUGGACGAAAUGGAAUUCUCUGAAGCUGAGUCCAAUUUGAAUGAUCUGGUGGCAGAGUAUCAACAAUAUCAAGAGGCAACAGCUAAAGAUGAAGAUGAUGGAGACUAUGAAGGUCCAAAAACGAGCGUGUCUGAGGCAGUUCAAACGAAUUAA